CACAUUUUUACCAUGUUGUAAUUCCAUCGUCUUUACAUUGAAUUUAUGAUUUUUUCUAGAUAAUUUAACCUAAAUUAUAAAGAUAUUAAUUAUUGUAUUUCAAGAAAGCUUUAUAAAGGGUUAAUAAGGUUAAAUUUUGAAAAAAAAAAGAAAAAGAAAAUGCCUAGAGGGAAUAAAGACAAUUCAUCAAACAUGCAGAGGAACUCAAGGAGCAAUGGGAACCUAAAAAAAUUUAAAGGAAGCCUUAAACAAGAAGCACAAUUGACAUGUUCUCCUAACCAAACUGACCCUAGUUAUGGGUCCAUAAGUUUGGAAAUUAAUGAUGUUGGUUAUCAAUCCAUGGAAUCCGAGCUUAGAUUUAUGGAUACUAGUGAGGAAAUAAAAGAGAUAGAUGUCGAAGAGAAACAAGAAAGUUCACAAAAACAUGUAUCAAAAAUUCAAAAAAAAGAUAAGAUUAAUAAAGUAACAAAAUCAAAGGGAAAAACUAAAAAUGUUGAUAAUAUAUGUAAAAAUACUCUUACUCAUGAUAUGGAUAAAAUUAAAACCUCAAGCAGAUCCUUUUCAAGUUCUCCAUUUGGAAAUAAUAAGAACUCAACAAAUAAAAGUAUUGGGGAAAAUGUUGAGAAAGAGGGAGAGAAGCCAUAUUUAGGACCUUAUCUACUCAAGAAGGCUCGAAAUGUAAUCUCACUUGGGGAUAACCCAAAAAGGGCAUUUGAACUUGCCCUCCGAGCAAAGACAUCAUUUGAGAGUUGUGCCAUUAAGAAACAAAGCUUGGAUUAUGCAAUGUGUCUGCAUCUUUUGGCUUCAAUUUACUGUAAUGCAUAUCAAUAUAAGGAAGCAAUUCCUCUUCUCGAAUCUUCAAUUGAAGUUCCAAACAUAGAGCUCGGUAAAAAUCAUGCCCUUGCAAAGUUUGUUGGGUACAUGCGAUUAGGUGACAUCUACGCAAUUAUGAGUCAAAUGGAGAAGGCAAUUACGUUUUAUAAGACUGCUUUACAUAUUCAAACAAAUGUUUUAGGAGAUAAAGAUCCCCGCGUUGGAGAAACUUGUCGAUAUGUGGCAGAGGCUUAUAUACAAGCUUUUGAAUUUGAUGAAGCCGAAAAUCUAUGUAAGAUGGCUCUAAAUAUCCGUCAAGUAAACGGAUGUCCUUCUUCAAUCAAAGAAGCUGCCGAUAGAAGAUUAUUGGGCCUAAUAUAUGAUUCAAAGGGAGAUUAUAAUGCUUCUCUUGAGCAAUAUGAUUUAGCAACCAUGGCAUUACGCUACGAUGGACUGGAAUUAGAAAUUGCAACUGUUAAUUGUAAUAUUGGAGAUGCUUAUUUAGGGUUAGCUCAAUAUGAAGAGGCCAUUCUCUGUUACAAAAAGGCAUUGUCUACUUUUAUAUCUAGCAAAGGCAAGAACCAUUCUAGUGUAGCUGCAGUCCUUGUGCGCUUAGGCGAGUUAUACAAUAACGUUGGAAAGUUUGGUGAGUCUAACUCUUAUAUUGAAAGUGCCCUUGAGAUUUACAGUAAGGAAACUAUUACUACUUGCGACAAUGUAGAAGACGUCUCGAAUGGCCUUAUUGCUCUUGCGGCUAUAUAUGAGUCGAUGAAUGAACUUGAUCACGCUCUUAAUCUACUACAGCAUGCACUUGAGUUACAAAAUAAAGAGGCAACACAAAAGAGCAAGAUUGCUGGAAUUGAAGCUCAAAUAGGGGUGAUAAAUUAUAUAUUAGGGAAUUACAUUGAUUCUUAUACCUUCCUCAAAAGUUCUGUAUGUAAGUUUGAGCAUAUAGGGAAAAAGAAGUCAUCCAUUUAUGCUAUUACUAUAAAUCAAUUGGGUAUUGUUUGUGUGCAGCUCCAUAAAAUUGGUGAGGCUGCAGAGCUCUUUGAUGAAGCUAAGAGUAUUUUAGAGAUAGAAUAUGGAUUAUUUCACCCAGAUACUUUAGGUGUUUGUAGCAAUCUUGCAGGAACUUAUGAUGCCCUUGGAAGAUGGGAUGAUGCAAUUGACUUAUUAGAAUUUGUGGUGGUGAUGCGAGAGGAGAAGCUUGGAACAGCUGAUCCAAUUGUUGAAGAUGAAAAAAGGAGAUUGAUACAAUUACUCAAUGAAUCUGGGCAAGUGAGAAGAAGAAAAUCUAGGUCAUUAGAAACUCUUCUUCAUUGAAACUUACAAUCACAAAUAUUAAACAACUAUUUAAAUAUGAUGUAACAAACAUUCUUUUCUCUAUUUGUUUUUGUUUAUUACUUAAAAGUAAAGAUCAUUAAUGGGAAAUAACUCACUUAUUACGUCUCUUCAAAGCCGUAUUAUGCAUAACAUAAAUUUAAAUUUUAUUGUAAACAAAAGUUAAUGAAAUUAUGA